AACACGCUAUCACAUGACCCCGUUGGCCAGUGGUGACACGUAGAGACAAGCAGAUUUUGCGCGUACCUGCAUUAUGCAGACUGAAUGCAAUGUUUAUUUAUCCCCCAGCACCACGAGUUGUAUAUGUUUUGUUGCUAUCGGACCCUUUUUCUUCUUUUUUUUCUCAUGUGGACCUCGGGAAAAUCAUUCGAUACAAGGAUUAACUGGAUUCGGCAAUCGCUCUCGCUUCGCGCCGUAGUUCAUCGAAUCUCCACCCUGAAACUCCACAUUGUAACCAAUUUGCCCCUCAUAUCGCGCCGUUAGCAUUAGUGUCGGGGCGAGACCCCUGGGUAAAGUCUG